AUGUCUCGCAGAGGAGGUGAUGAGGAGGUGAUGGUGGUGAAGGAGGAGGUGGAGGUGAGGGAGGAUGUGGUGGAGGACGAGGUGGAGAAGGUGAAGGAAGAGGAGGUGGAGGAGGUGUGGGAGGAAGAAGUGGUUAGGAGGUGUUGGAGGGAGGAGGAGGUGGUGAGGGAGGAGGAGGAGGUGGUGAGGGAGCAGGAGGAGGUGUUGAGGAAGGAGGUGAGGGGGAGGGAGGAGGGCAUGGAGGAGGAGGCAGAGGAGGAGGUGAUGGAGGAGUUGAGGGAGGAAUUUAGAGAGGAGGUGAGGGAGGAGGAGGUGGAGGAGGUGAGGGAGGAAGAGGUGUUGAGGGAGGAGGAGUUGGAGGAGGAGACACUGUCAGUCUCUGCUGCGGUGGGAAAACUCAACCACAGCCGCUGUCCACGAACCACAGCCGCUGCCCACGAACCACAGCCGCUGCCCAAGGACCACAGCCGCUGCCCAAGGACCACAGCCACUGCCCACGGACCACAGCCGCUGCCCAAGGACCACAGCCUCUACCCACGAACCACAGCCGCUGCCCAAGGACCACAGCCGCUGCCCAAGGACCACAGCGGUUGCUCACGGUCCACAGCCGCUUUCCAAGGACCACAGCUGCUGCUCACGGACCACAGCCGCUGCCCAAGGACCACAGCCGCUGCCCAAGGACCACAGCGGUUGCUCACGGUCCACAGCCGCUUUCCAAGGACCACAGCCGCUGCCCACGGACCACAGCCGCUGCCCAAGGACCACAGCCGCUGCCCACGAACCACAGCCGCUGCCCAAGGACCACAGCCGCUGCCCAAGGACCACAGCCGCUGCCCAAGGACCACAGCCGCUGCUCACGGUCCACAGCCGCUUUCCAAGGACCACAGCCGCUGCUCACGGACCACAGCCGCUGCCCACGGACCACAGCCGCUGCCCAAGGACCACAGCCGAUGCUCACGGUCCACAGCCGCUUUCCAAGGACCACAGCCGCUGCCCACGGACCACAGCCGCUGCCCAAGGACCACAGCCGCUGCCCACGAACCACAGCCGCUGCCCAAGGACCACAGCCGCUGCCCAAGGACCACAGCUGCUGCUCACGGACCACAGCCGCUGCCCAAGGACCACAGCCGCUACCCACGAACCACAGCCGCUGCCCAUGAACCACAGCCGCUGCCCAAGGACCACAGCCGCUGCCCAAGGACCACAGCCGCUGCCCAAAGACCACAGCGUCUGCUCACGGUCCACAGCCGCUUUCCAAGGACCACAGCCGCUGCCCACGGACCACAGCCGCUGCCCAAGGACCACAGCGUCUGCUCACGGUCCACAGCCGCUUUCCAAGGACCACAGCCGCUGCUCAUGGACCACAGCCGCUGCCCACGGACCACAGCCGCUGCUCAUGGACCACAGCCGCUGCUCACGGACCACAGACAUGGUGUUUUCUCAUAUGGGCGGUACCAUGUACAACACUGGGAAGCACGUGUCCCUGCGGCCGGACCACCUGGUGAACAUCACGGGGGGUCCUCUGGCGUAUUCUUACCGUCUGGAGGAGCUCAGGGUUCACUUCGGGAGCGAGGACGACAGCGGCUCCGAACACACGCUCAACGGACAAGGCUUUCCAGGAGAGGUACCACCUACACCACCUACACCACCUACACCACCUACAUCUACAUCACCAACACCUACACCACCUACAUCUACAUCACCAACACCUACACCACCUACACCACCUACAUCUACAUCACCAACACCUACACCACCUACACCACCUACAUCUACAUCACCAACACCUACACCACAUACACCUACACCACCUACAUCUACAUCACCAACACCUACACCACCUACAUCUACAUCACCAACACCUACACCACAUACACCUACACCACCUACAUCUACAUCACCAACACCUACAACACCUACACCACCUACAUCUACAUCACCAACACCUACACCACAUACACCUACACCACCUACAUCUACAUCACCAACACCUACACCACCUACACCACCUACAUCUACAUCACCAACACCUACACCACCUACACCACCUACAUCUACAUCACCAACACCUACACCACAUACACCUACACCACCUACAUCUACAUCACCAACACCUACAACACCUACACCACCUACAUCUACAUCACCAACACCUACACCACAUACACCUACACCACCUACAUCUACAUCACCAACACCUACACCACAUACACCUACACCACCUACAUCUACAUCACCAACACCACUUACACCAACUACACCACCUACACCUACACCACCUACAUCUACAUCACCAACACCUACACCACCUACAUCACCAACACCUACACCACCUACAACUACAUCACAAACACCUACACCAACUACACCAUCUACAUCACCAACACCUACACCAUCAACACAACAGUGCAACUGAUCCACUACAACCAGGACCUUUACGGAAACUACAGUGAGGCCUCCAAGAGCCCCAACGGCAUCGCCGUGGUCUCCCUCUUUGUCAAGCUGUCGGAAAACUCCAACUCGUUCCUGAACCGUAUGUUAAACAGAGACAUCAUCACACGGAUCAACUACAAACACGAUGCCUUCUUGCUGAUGGGGCUGAACAUGGCAGACUUGUAUCCGGACACGACUCGUUACAUCACGUACGAAGGAUCCAUCACCGUUCCACCGUGUUACGAGACCGCAACCUGGAUCCUCAUCAACAAACCCAUCUAUGUCACACAGAUGCAGAUGCACUCUCUGCGACUGCUGAGCCAGAACGAGCCGUAUAAGAUCUUCUCCAGUAUGAGCGACAACACGAGGCCCACGCAGUCACUGCUGCAGCGCUGCAUCAGGACCAACAUCCACUUCAGCAAACAGGGCCCGGACUGCCCCAACAACCGCGCCGUGAGGCCCCAGUACAGAGAGACAACACAACAGUCCACUGGUGUGGACUAUGGGGGACCAACACAACAGUCCACUGGUGUGGACUAUGGGGGACCAACACAACAGUCCACUGGUGUGGACUAUGGGGGACCAACACAACAGUCCGCUGGUGUGGACUAUGGGGGACCAACACAACAGUCCGCUGGUGUGGACUAUGGGGGACCAACACAACAGUCCGCUGGUUUGGACUAUGAGGGACCAACACAACAGUCCACUGGUGUGGACUAUGGGGGACCAACACAACAGUCCGCUGGUGUGGACUAUGGGGGACCAACACAACAGUCCGCUGGUGUGGACUAUGGGAGACCAACACAACAGUCUGCUGGUGUGGACUAUGGGAGACCAACACAACAGUCCGCUGGUGUGGACUAUGGUGGACCAACACAACAGUCCGCUGGUGUGGACUAUGGUGGACCAACACAACAGUCCGCUGGUGUGGACUAUGGGGGACCAACACAACAGUAA